GCAAAUCACAAGAAAGAAGACCAAAUGAAGCGGAUAGAGUUACAUGUUUUGUUUAUGUUUUCACAGACAAUUACUAUGAUAAUUCAGCGCCACUCCAUGUUUUCCAUGAUACCCUGUCGUUUGGUGAUAAUAUCUGCGUUCCUGCUGACCAGAGAAGCUGCUGACGCUCUUCAGGUGAUUGGUGGAAGUGUGACAGUGGAGCAAGGAGGUACUGCUAUCCUACCGUGCUAUGUCAUUGAUACCAACGAUGACCUGACACAGAUUACCUGGCAGAGGAAGACGAGAGAAAAACCUCACAAUGAUAAUUUCCUAACUAUCUUACCCAGAAAUGGACCACAGUUUGUUAAUGGAGACGAUGAUCGAUUUAAAUAUGUCGGGAAUUUUAACAAUAAAAAUGGAACUCUCCAGUUAUCCAAUGUUACCCUGAAGGAUGAAGGCAGCUACACGUGCAUCUUCACCUUGUUUCCCAGUGGAAAUCAGAAGACUGAGAUACCUCUAAACUUGCUUGUGCCUCCUUUCACAAACGUCAAGGACAACCUUCCGACUUUGGGCACAGAAGAGGUUUUAUUUGCUACCUGCACGGCUGCUGGCUCGAAGCCUCCUGCAGAGGUGAGGUGGCUCACUGGUGCUUUGGGAGACAAACUGAGGACGACAACAAACUCCACCCAGUAUAACAACGGUACGACUACCACAGUCAGCUCUCUGUUUGGUGUUCCUACGAGAGAGAUUAAUGGUCACCAGGUCCAGUGUGUCAUCAGUGGUGACUCCCUGUCUACAGAAGAAACCCUGCCCUUCACCAUACAGGUCUACUUUCCACCCACAGAAGUGAACAUUAGAGCAAUUUCAGAGGACUCGUUUGAGUGUGUGACAGAAGCCAACCCAAAUGCAAAAUUUAACUGGAGCAGAUCUGGACAGCCUUUGCCACAGCCUGGUGUCAAAGUAGAGGGUGUAAAGCUACUACUGCUGAGUCUGACCUCUGAUCUAAAUGGCCUCUAUCAGUGUGAAGUAUCUAACACAUAUGGACGUAAACAUGGUCAGCUCUAUGUGCAUGUUGCAGCAGGAGCUUGUUCUGCUGCUUGGGCCUUAUUUGGUCUUUUGCUUACUCUGAAUGUCAUUGGGGUUGCAGCAUCGUACUUCUUUAAAUCUGGAUGUUUUCAAAGGUAACAGGUUAAAAAGGCGCCAGCUGGACAAUGCUUGAAGGUUGAAACCGAUGAGAACAACAACAAUUCUUCCCAGAGAUAUGAUAACAAGAAUGAACUGACUCUCCUGCCCUAUUCCUCAAGGCCACCCGCGUAGGCUGUGGACUGCUGAUUUUCACCUAAUAGGUGAAAGGAUACUGUCUCGGGCUGAACACAGGAUACACAUCCCCACACACACGCACAAAUGUACAAUGAUACUGAUACGCCCUUACCACCACCCUCCCCUGCCAGAAUCCAACACCUCCCAUCCUUUCCUCCCAUCUGAUGUGGUCAGCGGCCCAGCUGGAGGCACAAUCGCGAGAUUGCAGUGUCCCAGAUGCAGCUGUUCACACUGGAAUAUUUUCCCAUGUUGCUUGUCUGUGUUUUACUGUGUUAUGGUUUCGUGAUAUCUGUGCUUCCUUUAUGUGUUAUGAGUUUUUGUUUUUCUCAUCAUACUGACUCCCUUUUGGGGACCAGUAUGAGCUGAAUUCAGUGUUGGGAAGGUUACUUUUAAAAUGUAUUCCAUUACAGAAUACUGAAUACAUGCCCCAAAAUGUAUUCUGUAGCGUAUUCCGUUACGUUACUCCAUGAGAGUAACGUAUUCUGAAUACUUUGGAUUACUUAAUAUAUUAUCAUGCUGUUUACAACUACGUGAAUGUACUAUUGCUGUGAUUUAUUACUGUUACUGAAGGUCCGCGGCUCCGAACCGUAGUAAAGGGACCUCUGGCUAAUACGUCGGGUUCCGUGUCGGGCUGGUAGCCGAAAAAUAGCUUUACUUUGUUGUGUGGGUCAACUUUGCUUGCCAGAGACAGAGAGAGGCGUUGAAAGGCUGCUCCAACGGAACUUAUUGUUUCGGAGGAAAACACGAACACAGUGUACAGUCGAGUCUUAAUAGCUUACUUACAGCUGGGCUCGUCAGGCACUCUUCUUGGCUGCAGUGGUUAUUAUUAUAUUUACAUGCUUCCAGCUCCCGUUUUUGCUCCGUAACAGCUCGGACUUUCCUUUCUCUCCCUCCCUCGCUCACAGACACAUAACGUGUAUGGCAGUCCAUUCUCCCUGCAGCACGGACUACACUGCCCAUGAGGCUACAUUCUUUAGGGCCAUGCCUGUAGCAUUCUGCCUUUUAGCUUAGCACAACAACAACAACAACAACAAAGCGCUCUCUCACCCAGGAAACACGCAGCGAGAGAGCGCGUCACCCUGUAACCAUGGCAACCGUAACGCUGCCGCCUGGAACAACAGAGCGUAGCUGUCAAACAAACCCAAACAGUCCUGACCCGCGACAAUAUGAAACAGCAAAGUACCGCCGUGUAAUCCAUUUAUUUCACCAAAGUAACUGUAUUCUGAAUACCACCUUUUUAAACGGUAACUGUAACGGAAUACUCAUAUUUUGUAUUCUAAAUACGUAACGGCGGUACAUGUAUUCCGUUACUCCCCAACACUGGCUGAAUUUCCUUUUUUCUCCUAGAUUGCCCUUCUGUUUUACACAUUUCAUUGUUUUUCCUUUUUGCUACCUAGCCUGACCUGUCUCCCAAAUGUGAUGUUUGUGUAUUGUAUGUAUCUCGAAAAAUGCCAGACUAUGAUGGUUUUGACUGUUUUUUAAACAAAUUACAGUUGAUGCAAACUAAAGUUGAAACUGUCUGAAGACAGGAGCAGAAGAUGUUGUGGACCUUAAAACAUGGCAUGUGUAACUGCUGUUUUUAGACUCUGGACACUAGCUGUGAGUUUUCUAAGGAAAAAAGAAAGCAGAAUAAAAAAGUGAACAAAUAAGUAAAAAUGUAAGUAAAACUAAAACUUGUGUGUAUUGCAAUUAUGCAUAGUUAUGGUAAUUUAGCUACAAUUUUAACUCUACUCUUGCUAAAUAUUUCCUGGAACACCCACACGUGUUGGGUAAUGUUUGUAAAAAAUAACAAAUCUGUGCAAAAAAACCCAAAAAAAACAUGUGGACCAAAAGUGUAUAACCCAUAAUGGUCAGUUCACAGAAUUCUCAGUUAAACUGGAGCACGUGCAGGAGCAGUACACUGGCUUGUGUGCUAAACCUGCCUUCUGUUUUACAGAGCCCAUAAAAGCCAAGAAAAAGUGUUGAAGAAAGUCGUGUUUUCAGUGAUUCAAGAAGGUAAAAAAAGGAAUUCUAUUUGUGCUUUCAUUUCUCACUCUAUCCAGGCCACUCACUCAUUCCAGUUUUCCAUGUGCAAUAAAAAGGCUGUUGAGACAGCCACCCUCCUCUCAGUUUUUACUUAUGUUGUCUAUGGCCAGAGCUGGGAGGUUCAUCAGUUAUGUUUGUAUAUUAAAAAAAACUAACCUCCCAAUACUACUACCUACAUUUCCUAUUAGUUUUUCCUUGACUUUGCAGAAGAUCUAAUCACACUUCCAGCUGACUCCUUAACAAUUUGACAAUGUCUGCUUUUCCAAAUUUACAAAGAUGGACUACAGCUUGUGUAUCCUAUUUAACAGCAGUACAUUCUUACAGUAAUGUAUCACCCAGGUCAUAUAAAAGAAUGUUAUGACUCCUUUAUAAAAACUGAAAGUGAAAAUAAAAUGUGUGUUGUUUUUUCCUUGUUUUUUUCCCCCCUAGAAAUGACUUCUAGUAGAAGUCAUUUCCUCUUUUGUUAACACUUUUUUGGCUGCAACUCAUGGAAUGAAAUGAAAAACAUGAUUUGCCACAGUUAUUUAGCUAUUUAGCACAGUGAAGCAUUGAAGGGUCUUUCUUAGAGAUUUCAGAUGGCUUUUGCUAUGGCUGUUACACAUGUACUUCUGAGUUAGGAACCUUUACAUUUGACUACUAAGCUGCACCCCUAGCAUAUCUAAAGCAUGCAGCAGGCCAGUCUUUCUCUCCUCUUUUGCUUGAACCAUUUGUAACAAAAUUGGGCACUGUCUGUCUGUGAUGUUUGUUUUGUUUUAAACGGUUGGGAGAGAGCUCCAUACCUGCUGCUUUUACAAGAUUAUCGGUGAAACAGCCUUGGAAGCUGCUUGUAAAUCUGUUUAGUCUGAUGAUGGUAUAACAUUGUUUUGGGGGAUCAACUUUCCCAGUGAAUUAAAGACGAAGUGGGAUAGUGAGAAAGAUUAGAAAGAAAGUAGACAGGAGUACUGGGUGUACUGUUAGGUGUCCAGCAAAGAACAAGGUGUCAAAGGAAAAGGUUUUUUCUGAUAAAGCUGAUGAGCUAUAACAUAAAUAUUUGGAAAAUAAUAAGUUUUCUUCUUAACCCUAGAAGCUAGGUUAAGAAGAGAGGUGAUGAUCAGUGAGCAGCAGCAAAGAAAAUGAGCACAGGAGGUGUAGAGAAGGGCCUAUUGUAUAUGGUAGAACAAGCACAGUUGGAAUAAGAAAUAAAAGUUACAAAUUUUAG